UGUUGCCCAGGGAACUUGUCAAACAAAACAUUCCAGAAAUUGGAACGUAGAGCCGGCUAGAGGUGACGAGCUAGCUAUUAUUUGCUUCUCAGAAAAACAGUGCAUAUUCCAGAAAUAUGUCGACCACUAUGUAUCCAACAGAAAGUAUUUACAACCUUAUUCCAAGGGAGGAGGUUAAAAUAGAGAAACCACCAAGGUAUAUGUCAAAGUUUAGGGCACAAGUUAAGCAUGAGAAAAUGCUGAAUAAGCCUACCAACAAGACUAUGGGACCAGUAAAAGUAGACUUGCCCUCUCCAGAGAAAUAUCUGCUCAAGCACUCCAAGGAACCCAAACUUCCUGAAAAGCAACCAUUUUCAUAUUUGGAUGAUGAGACUUUCAAAAAACCACAAAUACCUGCCAAAGCAGACAACCCACUUAUGGGCAUUCACACCAAAAAGGACUUUGUAAAGACAAACGCCUUUGAGAACAUCAUGGCAGUGCCAAAAAAGCCACAGCCUAUCUAUGCCGACACUAAAACUGGAGACAAACAGCUCAUGGAAAAUUCAGGACUACUCCCAAAGUACAUCAAGAAAAAGGACUUUGGGAAGACCCCAGAGUACUUGCAGCAUCGCACUGAGGAGGUGAGGAGGGCUCAGGAUGAGUAUGACAGCUUUGUCAAGGAACGCAUGAGACAGGGCACCAUGAAACAGCUCUCUGAGGAUGAGCGAAACAACAUCCUACAGGGCUUGAAGAUGAACUGGGGGGAGCUGCACCAUCAGUACCAGGGACUCUCUGUUGUCACGGACACCACCCCUAAGAAGUACCGCAAGGAGCGUCUGGAGCUAGAGAUGAAGCAGCUGGAGAGGGACAUUGACCUCAUCGAGAGAUACAAGACUAUAUUCAUCGCCAACAACUAACACACGACACCUCUUUUCUUUAGUGUCAAAUGGCAAAUACAUUGUAAACAGAUAUUCAGUGAAGAAAAAAACUACUGCCCUAUAAAUGCUAGAUGUGAAAUUGUCUGGAAAAUAGUCAUAUAACUCUCAUUACCCCUGUCUAUGAUUUCACUUUGUUUUGGAAAACUAAAUAAACUCUGCACUAUAUUUUAA